CCACCGUCCUCUUAAAACAAGUUGGCCCAUUUGGGCCUCAUUAGACUUCAUGUCACCUCGAGAGGAGCAAGCACAAGAAUCUAAAAAAGAAAAAAGAAAAACAGCAGCUAAAGAACUGUAUACAAGACCAAAUGAUGGAGUUCUGGCAGGAGAAUCAGGGUCAAUCACACUUAUAUUCCAACUUUGGUACUGUUCCUGGGAGAAACUGUACACAUAACUAUCAUGAUAGACGUCAGUCAGCCCAUUAUCCAUUGCACUGUGGUGAGCAGCUGGACCAAGGCAAAGAGUCCAGUUACUGGACUUUACCGGGAUCAAGGACGGCAGGAGCUCCGCAUGAGUUCACCAACUGGAAGGACCAAGAGCUGUCCAACACUUCUUCUUCUUGUUCUUCUUCCUCCCACUUCCCUUUUAUUCUGGACCGCAACACUCAGCACCAUCGGGACCUGGGAGAAUAUCAGCCACAUGAAGCCAAAGACAGAGAGUGGACAACAGCUCACCGAGCUGCGAGGGAUUACGAGAGAGGGUUGAGGGAGGGGUGGCAGAGGAGGUGGGAGCCCUGUAGCCCUGUCCACUACAACAGGGAGAGUUGUGUAAAGCGGAGCGACAGCAGCUACCGAGAGCUGGAGGCUUGGGCAGCUCGAUAUAGUCACUCUCUGCCGAGGAGGCGACGUAUAGAAGCAGAGCUGAGGGGAGCCUCCCAGGGCCUGGUGGAGAGGAGCAGGAGUGGGAUGGAUCCUCAAGUGGCAGCGCUGCAACAUGUCAGGCAAUCAGGAAACAUCAGAGAAUCUGGUCUGUGGGACAGAGGAGUCAGGCAGCAAGCCCCGACCUACUACCCAUCACAAAAUCCUGACACCAGCCACAUGCUGGAUAUGAAGGGGAACGCCAGCUACCAAAGGAGGACAUUCAGCCAACCCCCUGGCUAUAUUGCUCCUCCUCCUUACAAUAGCCCACAAAAAAGUAUGCCUCUAACGCACCGCAGUGACACCAGCUAUGAGCAGGAUGUUAAGAAACAUACCUACUGGUCACAACCAACACAGAUAAACCAGGAUAUCUCAGAAGAUUUGCAGGAUAAAAGAAAGGUAGAGAAAGAAGUAUUUACAUUGCCAGGUGAAAAUACAACCUGCAUAAAGUCUGAAGGAUUAAAGAACCAAAAUCAGGAAGCAAGCAGUCCCAUCAGUGUACAGAAUACAACCCUACAGCAUGAAUUGAUGCAACAACCAGAAGAAGUCAAGAGUUCAAACAUAGUCAAGGAAAUAUCAUCAAAUGUCAUUGAAGGAAGGAAGUUCAGGCUAAAGAAGAAAACAGGUGGGAUGACUAUAUUUUGCCUGGUGUCUCGAAGAGCUGGGGCCACUGAAGCCUCAACUUUGCCCCUCCAAGCCUCCCAAACAAGUAGCGAAAGCACGGAAUUAGGACAGGUUUCUGAAGGUCUAAGAGACACAGGUGAAGCCAGUGAAAUGCAUGAGGUUGCAGAUGAAGUAGACUUCAGAACCCCAACACUUAAAGAGCAGUCUAAAGCCUCUGAUGAUACACCGACCUGCACAGACAAGGAGAUGUUUCAAGGUAAUCUCUCAAACAAAGAAGAGACUGAUGUUGUAUUCCCAGAAAAAGUAGGUCAGUCUGCGUCAGUUAAAUAUCCUUUAUGGAGAGAGCCUAGUUUCACAAGCAGGGCUGACCCUGAGAGCGAGGAGGAAGAACCAGUUCAAAACAUAACUAGUCAUCCGAUAGACAUUGAAGUAAGGAGACUAGACAUCAAGGAGGACACUAAGGACGGUAAUGGUCUCCUGGUUAUAGACACAACCUGUGUUGUUGUCAAAAUGGAGCUGAUUCCAUCACCCAAGAAGGAGCAUGUCCACUAUUUAGGGUCCACAGAACAUGCCGAAGAAAGUCCAUCAGAUAUUCAAACAACUGAAUUAAACAGUGACCUGAAUCAAGAUGUGACGACUGAUCAAAAAACAGACGUGACUCCCUUGCAAACAAGUCUAGGGACAGAGUUGGUCUCACUUCUUUUGGAAAAAGAGGAACACGAGGAAGAAAGUGAAAUCUCUGUCCCUUGCAUGACGCUGUUGCCGGUUCCCGGAGGGGAAACCCUAGAGGAGCGUGCUGAAAGAAUUCUAGGAAUCCCUCUUCACGACUGCAUCCCUGAGCACCAACCUAAAAAUGUAACUUCAGUCAAUGAUCCACAUUUUGAGGAGGAGGAGGAGCAAAAGGAUGAGGAGGAGGAGCAGAAAGAUGAGGAGGAGGAGGAUGAGGAGCACGAGGAGGAGCAGAAGGAGGAGAAGAAGGAUGAGGAGGAGGAGGAGGAGGAGCAGAAGAAUGAGGAGGAGGAGGAGGAGCAGAAGGAGGAGCAGAAGGAUGAGGAGGAGGAGGAACCCUCUCCAAUUAACAAUUACGUUCAUAAUACAAUUAAACAAAAUGAAACAGAGGAAGCAACAGAUGAGGACCAGUCACAGAAUCACUUUGAGGUUGUCCAAACAGAGGUGUGUUUGACAGGCAGUGACGUCUCUAGAGAUCAGGGGGAAAAUGAAGAAGUGGAGGGUUGUGCAGAAAUAUCUCGAGACAAUGACACAGACUCCCAACUCGAAGCAUCGAUGGAAAUCAGAGACGAGCCUCUGCUUGAAUCCACUGGUGAAAACGGUACAAGUGAACAGGAGGAAAAUCUGCCUGUUGAAGAUGAUUCAUGUAAUUCUUCUUCACUCUCACAUUUUACGUCUCCCUCAUUUAUCUCAGACACAGAUGAAGGUCCCGAUACUGACUUAGCUUCUCAUGACGAAACCUCAUCCCUUCCUCCUCAGACACCUUUGCACCAGCUGGCAUCUCCUCUUCCCCUUGGAUCUUCUGACUCUUCUCCAAGCUUAUCUCCCCCUACAGACUAUUCCCCAAGCCAUCCUCCACAUCUCGAUUUAAGAAAUGGAGCUGAUGAAGUAAUGACCUCUGAGGUCCAGGAUGAAGAGGCUGAAACAUUACAGCUUCCUGAAAAUGAGACCAACAACGUGCCUGCUGCCACGGAUAUGAUGGAGGAUAUGUUGUCAUCACAGCAACAACUUGAAUGUGACCAAAUGAACGACACUGCCUGUGUCACUGAUGAGGGGCAAACAAUAGAAGCUGAGGAAGAUCCUGCUUUGGAACAAAACCCUGAAACAUAUGAAGAGAAGGCUGUAGAUGCAAACAUAAUUUUGCACCAACAGGCUGAUUGUGUCCCAACAGAAGAUACUGCAGGUGUAGAAGAGAGUAAUAUAACUGAAGAACAACCACCAGCAGAAGUCAGUGAGGAUCCCAGAGAGCUUUCAGGACAUGUAUCUGCACUAGAUGAAGAAAACGUGACUGAUAGUUUGACAGAAGACAUAAUUUUACCACAACCCUUUGAUUGUGGCCAAAAUGAGGAGGCUGUAUGUGAAAAAGAGAGUGGCGUGACUGAAUCACAAAAAGAUCCAGAUGAGCUCCCUGUAGAUCUUUGGGAACAACAGAUGAGGUGCAAAAUCAAUGCCACAGACUCUCAAACGGAAACAAUGGAGGACACUGAGCCCCAGUCUGAACCCUUUAACACUUUUACCCCCUUAACUUCAGACUAUGAGUUGUCACCUUUAGAUGAACACUCACUCGCUGAGCCUCCCUCACCUCCACAUGUACCUCUUGAAUCAGACACAGAGUGUGUCUCUCCUUUGGACAUGGACUUGGCCUGUCCUUCAACUCUGAACCCUGACUCUGUAGCUGCUGUCAUCACAGAAAGUGUCCCUCCUCCUCUUUUUCUGAAUCCUUGUGAAGAAUUCCUCCAGUUUUCAUCUCCCCCUGUCUUUGAUUCACCUUCUUCAUCUUCUCCACCUCUGCCUCCCAGCUCUCCUCCUCCACCAGAAGAAAAUAUAAACCUUCUUCCAGAUUUUCACCCAUCUGCUGACGACAAAGAAACGUCCAAUUAUCCAAAGUCCCUGUGGGAUGUGGUGAAUCGCAUCAGGAAGCAUACAGCACCUGACUCUGAGAACGAAGAGGAGGACAUGAGUGAGCUGUGGGAUCCAGAGAAUGUGGGCGAGGGCUUGGGUUGCCCAGACAUGGUAGUGGACAUGAAUACUGAGAAGAUAUUCUUUGCUGAGGCAGAGCAACAGGAGGUUUCAAAGUAUAACACUGAGAUGGGACAAAUCAGGUAUGACAAACAGCUGAGUGCUGACGACGAUACGCUGUCCUGCAGCAGCACCAGCAGCCAUGGCUCUGGAGACACCGUUGUUGUAGCAAAUGAGAAUGAAGACGAGGAACAUGAUGCACCGACAGAAAGCAAGACAGAGACUGAGGAGUUUCACAAAGCUGAAGUGGAACUCCACUGUUCUGGUGAAGUAAAAGAUGAGACCAGAGCUGAGAAUAUUAUAGAGAAAGAUGAGACAGAUAUAAGUGAGCAUGUUCAGAGUGAGGAGUGUCCAGUAGAGGUGGCUAUGGGAAAGACAGAAACGGAAAACGUCUGAUGGGCUCAGGUGGAAGGAUGAGAAGAAACAGCUGCAGGAUGACUGGAGGUUCAUCUGUAAAUCAACUGAAUAAACAAAAUGACUUGUUAAGUCUGCAUUGUCCCCGAUUAUGAACGGAGGCCUUUUCAUUAAUAACAUACACUUACAAGUAGAUUUGCAGAUUUCUGGUAGAAGAUUAGCCUCCGAGGCUAAUGUACCUUUAAGCAUCAGUGCAGUUUUGGAGCUUUUGUAUUUGAUGGCUGAAGGGUAAAAGUAUGUGAUUAACUGUUGUUAAAGUAAAAUAGAAAUCUGACAUUAAAACAGCUUUAUUUAUUUCACAGAACUAUUCUUAUAAAGAGAGUUUUCUUGUAAUUCUUUCUUCAGAUGUUUGUUCCUAUUUAUCCACUACUUCAAGACAUUAGAGUGUGACAGAGUGGAAGUAGCUGGGAUUAAACAGUGUAUUAUUUGGUGUGAUUUCUAGCCAUUGGAGUCUGUUAUAUGUAAAUAAACACUGAAGUGCGUUGGCAAAAAUAUUAA